UUUGUCUAUGAUUCUAACGUCGUGUGUAUUGUGAUACGUACUGCCUGCCCAACAAAAAGAGAAUUUAAUUUAAAAAGUCGUCGAUUUUCGAUAAAGAUGACCGAUUAAAUUAUUCCAUUUUGUACUUGUUAGUGUUUUAUUACUAAUCACAAAUUGUUAGAAGUCUCAAGACAAUAUUAAUCAGUUAAUUCAAUUUGCUUGGUAACUAAUGGCUGCUAUGGAAUGUCGGAGUAGGUUGUUGAUUUAGUAUUCAGUUUGUGUUCUUGAGUCCUACAACUGGCUAAAGUCCAAAUAUAACUUGAGUUACUAAAAAAUGUUCUCGAAGAAGAAGAAGAAGCCACUCAUUUCUCCACCAAGUAAUUUUGAACACAGAGUUCAUACUGGAUUUGAUAAGAGAGAAGGAAAAUUUGUGGGUUUACCAUUACAGUGGGCCUCUUUAGUAGGUAACAACCAGAUACUAAAGUCCACUAACCGACCUCUGCCUUUAGUAGAUCCCUCUGAAAUAACACCAACUGAAAUACUAGAUCUCAAAACUAUUGUGAGAGGUGACCAUCGAAUUACCUCAGUUUCUUCCAUCAGUCGUCCAAUGUCUACUACCAUGCCAAGUCAACCAGUUCAGAAUGGUGUUAUUCUGCCGAAGACUUCAAACGUUGCCAGGUCUAACUCAUUGAGGAGUUCAAGCCCACCGAAGAUCCGUAGAGAGUUAAGAAGUCAGGCUAAUGUGCCUCCAGCUGUGCCGGAAGAGUCUCCCCCUGUGCCUCCAGCACCACAGCAAUACCCCAGUUUGCGAAGAGAGCCAAGCAACUAUACUUUGAGUAAAACGAUACCUGAAUCCCCUGUGGACUGGUCUCAAUCAACACACGAAGCCACAGUAAGGGCCGUUCCAGAAGUAAAUGAUAAUCACCGGGUGGGCAUGACAUAUCUGAAUGUGCAGAAUGCUAAUGUGCCUUACCAACACAAUCAUCCUCCUCAGCCAAUGGUUCACAACAUGCACCAAGGUCACAAUGGAAAUAAUGCCAACAUGGGUGAGUCAUACCCAAUGGCGCGUCACCAACACGCGGUACCGGCGGCCGCGGCGCCGCACCUGCCUCUCGCCGCCUCCAAGCACGAGCUGCGGCUCACUCACGAACAGUUCCGCGCAGCUCUGUGCCUGGUGGUGAGCGAGGGUGACCCGCGGGCUUCCUUAGCGGGCUUCAGCAAGAUCGGCGAAGGCAGUACGGGCGUGGUGUGUGUUGCCACAGAGAAGGACACCGGCCGCCGCGUCGCCGUCAAGAUGAUGAACCUGCGGCAGCAGCAGCGGCGCGAGUUGCUGUUCAACGAAGUGGUGAUAAUGCGCGACUACCCUCACCCGAACAUCGUGGAAAUGCACGCGUCGUACCUGGUCGGCGACGAGCUUUGGGUGGUGAUGGAAUACAUGGCGGGCGGCGCGCUCACCGACAUCGUGACGCGCCACGCCGCCAGGAUGGACCCCGAGCUCAUCGCCACCGUCUGCAAGCAGUGCUUGAAGGCGUUGGCGUUCCUCCACGCUCAAGGCGUCAUACACAGAGAUAUCAAGUCUGACUCAAUACUCAUGACAGCAGACGGCCGCGUCAAACUGUCAGAUUUCGGUUUUUGUGCUCAAGUAUCUCAGGAACUUCCAAAACGAAAAUCUCUCGUGGGAACACCAUAUUGGAUGUCACCUGAAGUAAUAUCGAGAUUGCCAUACGGUCCCGAAGUGGAUGUCUGGUCGUUGGGCAUUAUGGUCGUGGAGAUGGUAGACGGCGAGCCACCAUUCUUCAAUGAACCACCCCUUCAGGCGAUGCGGCGCAUCCGCGACAUGCCGCCGCCGCGGCCGCGCCACGCCGCGCGCUGUCCGCCGGAUCUCAUGUCCUUCAUCGAGUGCGCCCUGGUGAGGGACCCCGGCGCGCGCCAGUCCGCCGCCCGCUUGCUACACCACCCGUUCUUACGCCGCGCCGGACCGCCGGCUUUACUUGUGCCGCUGAUGCAACACCAUCCACACGUGCAGCAGUAGAAGAUUGCCCCAGUGAAAUGUCAGUACUUUCUUCCAUAUCCGCAGCGACCCAUAAUGACCAAGCUCCGUACUUUCUUCCGUCUAGGCUGUGGCCCGCCGGAUCUCAUACCGUUCGUCGAGCGAAGCCGGCGGUCUUCUGUAGAACAAAUAGGCUACCUUCCUAAAAUCAGCAGCAGUAGAACGAAUAGGCUACAUUCCUAAAAUCAUUUUUUUAGUUCGUCAAUUUUAAUACCAAAAAAUAUUGGACACGAAUAUUUUUAAUUGACAAUCAACAAAUAAUUAUAAAGUUAUGGUGCGUUAAAGUUCCGCGCGACGUUCCAAAGUGCUGCAUUUUUAAGCACUCGUUGACGUCACGGGCUUCUUCUUUUAGAAGUCUAGUAGUCUAGUUAGGCGCGCUUUAUCUCUUUAAAUUAUCAUUAGUUUGAAAAAGUGAAAGAUACGUGUCGGGUAUUUUUUGAUAAAACUGACGGACUAAAAAACUUGCUUUUUUACCCAGGAAACAUCCCUAUUGCCCCAGUGAAAUAAGUCAGUACUUUCUUCCAUAUCCGCAGCGACCCAUAAUGACCAAAAGUAUUGGUCAAACUCCGUACUUUCUUCCGCCCAGGCCGUGGCCCGCCGGAUCUCAUACCGUUCGUCGAGCGAAGCCGGCGGUCUACAGUAGAACGAAUUGCCCAGUGAGAUUAUGAGCCAGCUCCAGAACAUUCUACCGAAGAAGAAGUAACUAAAAUUCAAUGAAGCGAAUUUAUCAUGCAUCUUUUCUGAUGCUGUCAAUUCCUAAAUGUUGCUCACCCCUUAUUCUGCCUGACCGCUUCACCAUAAUUAUUUCGAUAUUCCUCAUAGCCUUAUUUACCAUGAAAGCCCCUGUACGAUUCGUAUGGCGUGUUGGAUAUCCGAUGUUAUAGCACAGCCUUAGAAUAAGGAAAAAUGCUCCAGAGAGCCUAAGCCAGUGAUUGCCAAUAUAUUUUACACACACGACGAAUAGUAAAAGUUGGCCAGCUCUUUCAGGUGAAAGAGUUUACUAGCUAACCGAUGAAUUACGCUACAUAGUUGCCACCAUGUCUAGUUAGCGAGUGAUAUUGUAACAAGUUUACAAAGUGGCAUUUUUUAAGAAAUGACCGGCCUCAGCUUUACCUUUACAUACGAGAUAUGGAUAAGAUUAUAUUUAAAAAAUUAAGAAAUUAGCUAGCACGUUGGCUUAGAAAACUAAUUGACAAGUCAUAGAUGAGUGAUGAUUGCCCCACCUUACCUUCUGUCCCUAUUUUGCAUCAAAUUAGAUGCAUAACAGAACUAUUGUUAAUAAUCAGAGUAGCAUGACAUACCAAAGUUGUUUGUAUCACAACUUUCUCUUGUAAUACCUGCUAAUUGAGGAAAAGCAACAAUGUGAUUUGGUUGUGAUCUGUUAUGUAGAGGAUUGAUCACAAUUUUGUGACGAUAAUAUUUUAUAGUUGAUAUUAAAAGUUUAAUCAUGGUGUAAAUUUUGAAUCAUUAUAUCUUAGAAUUAAUUGACUGAAUUAAAGCGCUUAUAGUUAUUACAUGAAUGGAUGUCUAUUGAAAGUAUAAAUAAAAAUAUACCUGUCCUACUUCGUUAUACAAUUUGUUUUGCUCUUCCUCAAUGCGUGGGACACUAUGUAUGAUAGUAAUUUGUUGUCAUUAUUGUAAUCACUUCUGAUUCAGUGAAGUCAUUCCAUUUUUUUGUAUUUAUAACCAAUUUGUUGUUGGCAAAUCUUUUUUAUAUUUCUGACAAAAUCAUUUAGAUGGUAAUGAAUAAUAUAUGAAUGUGUAGAAAUAUUUAAGCAUGUAAUUAAUUAGUAUUAUACAACAUUCCUUCUUUUUUUCCAAUUAACUAUUUAUAAAUUUUAGCCAUAUUUUCAUAUUGAAUCAUUUUACUUAUUGUUGAGAGUAUUUUUAUUGCGUUUAUUAUCAUUAAUAUUAUUUAACAAGAGUUGUAAUGCAUUAAUGAUUAAGGCUACUUAAUAUGGCAUAUUAUGAUUAUUUUAUGUUUAGGACUGAUCACUACAAAAGAGUAAAUAAAAAUCAUAGAAAUUGAAAUUCUGGCAUAGCAAGAUGUUGAAAAUUUAAUCCCAAUGAUACUUAAAAUAUUAAGAUGAUUGCAAGUACCUCCUACUUUCUAUUUAACCUUUAUUUAGUAACUUUGGUUGGGCGGUUGUAUUUUAUGUUAAGACAUUUACUUAGACUAAAUUACCUCAUUGUGUCAUUCAAAAGUACCAAAUGUGAUAUUAGUUCACCAUGACUGUUUCUUCUCAUUGGUUACCUUUAGUGCCUUCAACCAUUAUCUAUAUAGAUACAUAGAUAUAUCCAGUGACCUUACGAUAUUUAUCUACUCUCGUGCCAGAAUUAGCGCCUUUAUAUUGGCAGUAAAAAUUUCUAAAUCAGUAUUAUUGCCUAGCAAAAUUACUUUUUGUACUUAUUUGUUCAUAAUAUGGAUUUAGUAUGUAGGAUCACUUUUCAUUUGUUAGGCUAGUGUUCUUUUAAUCUUUGCAGUGCAGCUAUUUUUAUAAUCACUACAUUCCUCAUAUAUUUUCAUUGUAAGUUAAUUUUGUGUUUAUAUCAUCAAUGUUUUUUAGUUUUAUCUACAGUCAUAAAGUCACAAAGUCUUUCUUCAGUGCAAAUAUACAAUCAUAGAUUUAUCAUUAUCAAUUUGGCCUUAAUACAUCUGUGAUUUAGACUCCUACGGCGCAUGUGCGUAUGCCAAUUUUAUUCAACGUAAGUUAUUCACGAAAGCAGCAUUAGUCUUACUAUCGAUACUUUAUUUGUUGUAGUAAUGAAUAGUGAGGCUAAUAUGUUAGAC